AGAUCCCAACUACGCAAGAACACAUCUUCAACAAUAUCCACUCUGAUCACUCCCUGAUCAACAUCUCCAUCCAUCUCUCUCUCUCUCUCUCUCUCUCUCUCUCGCACACACACACAAAUGGAAGCACCAGCACAACCACAAUGGGUAAAAAAUCUCACUGCAGAACUCAAAAUCGCAACAGCAGAAGAAGCAUGGCCAUUCUUGGAGGACUAUUCCAACCUACAAAAGUAUGCUCCUGACGUAAUCGACUCGAGUCAGCUUAUCGAAGGGAUCCCCAACCAGCCUGGCGUCGUCCGUUGCUGCGCUGCCACCGCAACAAAAGUAUGGGAUGGGAGUAUGCAAUCGAAGAAAUUGUGGGUCCAUGAGAAGCUGAAUAAGAUAGAUCCCAUCAAGAAGUCUUUGAGCUACAAUGUCACGGAAAAUAACGUCGGCAUCAAGACCUUAGAGGGAACAUGCUCAGCAUAUCCAAUCAGCAAGGAAAGCAAACAGGGAUGCAAGCUCCAGUGGUCAUUCGUAGCUGAUCCGAUUCCAGGGUGGGAACAAGAUGAGUUUGCAUCUUUUAUUCAGACUAUGCUAACUUCCAUGGCAAAGAACAUAGAAGAUAUAAUAACCGCCAAGAAAAAGAAGACAGAAGAUCCCCAGACGCUAUCUUUUAUUCAGGCUAUGCUAUCUUCCAUAGCAAAGAACAUAGAAGAUAUAUAAGCUGCUGAGAAAAAGAAGUCAGAAGGUCUCAUGAAGGCAGAAGAUCCACAGCUCCUAUCUAUUAAUUAAGUGACGUUGUUGCAGUCUUCCACGUGUUGUUUGUUGUUGUUGCAUUUGAUCCCAAAAUAUUAAGUUGUUGUGUGUGUGUUUCAUUUGAAAUUAAGAAUAAACAUUGUAUGUUGUCCGAAAAUAAAAUCAGAUGUUUUUGGUGUCCA